AUGGCUGUUCAAAUGCCACUGGAGACCAACAGGACCCUUGCAGAUAUGGACUGUGCCAGAUUGGCUUCUCUCUUUGGUCUGGAUCAAACAGUCUCAAGCCAUGGAAAUGAAUUCUUCCAGUACACGGCACCAAAACAGCCUAAGAAGGCUCAAACAGCAGCUGGUCCAGCAGCCCAGAAGGCUCCUGCAGCUUCAGGAGCCCCCUCGGUGUUCGUGGCCACUGCAGUUCAUGCCUACAGAUAUACAAAUGGGCAGUACUUGAAGCAAGGCAAGUAUGGAGCAGCUGUAGUGGGGAACCAUGCCACUAAAGAGUACAGGAUCCUCCUUUACAUCAGCCAGCAGCAACAGAUUGCAACUGCCAGGAUCCAUCCAGGCUUCAUGCUCACGGUUCAACCCAACAAUUACAGUACAUUCUAUGAUGAUCAGAGACAAAACUGGUCCAUCAUGUUUGAGUCAGAAAAGGCAGCAAUGGAUUUCAGUAAACAGGUGUGCAUUGCCAAAUGCAACAGCUCCCCAGUGCUUGAGUCUGUCCUCUACCAGGAUCUCCUGCUUGGAGAAGGGCAAGGAGUAGAAGGAGGAGACUCUCUGGAGAUCGCCUAUACAGGCUGGCUGUUUCAGAACCACGGGCUUGGGCAGGUGUUUGACUCAAAUGUUAACAAAGACAAGCUGUUGCGGCUAAAGCUGGGAUCUGGGAAGGUCAUCAAGGGCUGGGAAGAAGGAAUGCAGGGAAUGAAGAAAGGAGGACGGAGGUUCCUGAUCAUCCCUCCAGCCUGGGCCUACGGGGCUCAGGGCGUGACUGGUCGUGUCCCCCCAGACUCAACUCUAGUGUUUGAGGUGGAGGUGAGGAGGGUGAAGCUGGUAAAGGAAUGUUCUGGCUCUGAUGGACAGAGUGUUAGCUCAAGGGAUUCUCCUGCACCUUCUCCAGUACCCAGUUCAGAUGGCUUCUCUGCUGACACUGGUUUAUUGCCUCCAACUACUAUACCUCCAAAGCCUGGGGAGCCAGCUGUUCGGGCCAAGUCAAACUCCAUCAGUGAACAGCUAGCAAACCCAGACGUAGCCAAGGCAAAGCUGAUUUCUCGGAUGGCCAAGAUGGGGCAGCCCAUGCUGCCGUUCCUCGCCGGCACAGCGGGGGGGCAGCUGGACUCCAGUGACUCAGAAAUAGAGGAUCCAAAUACACUGAGAGGGACAGCACAGCCAGUGUCUUCAUCUUCCAUGAGACCAUCCCAGCCAGCCCAUGCUGUGCUGCCCACGGUGUCAGCACAAGUACCUCAGGCAUCUGUUUCUACACCUCCAGUAUCUUCUGCUGCUUUAAUCCCUGCAACAAUCCAGCCCCACUCAGCUCUGCCUGGAGGAGCACAGGGCUUUCAGGCGUAUCCAGGAAUGGCAUUUGCUUAUCCCCAAACUGCUGCAUCUGCUUCUCAGCUCCAGCCUGUGGGACAGAUGUAUCCUGCACCUUAUCAAGCACCCGGGGAUGUUGCUUCUUUUCUGAUGACAGAAGCUCGGCAGCACAACACUGAGAUCCGAAUGGCUGUCAGCAAAGUAGUAGAUAAAAUGGAUCAUCUGGCUGCCAAGGUGGAGGAGUUGAGGAAACAAAGCACUGGUAACAGCUCCCUGCUGCCUGGUAUCUCCUCUGUUACUAUGGAAGCCUCCAUGAUCAUGAGCAAUAUCCAACGCAUAAUCCAGGAGAAUGAGAGGCUGAAGCAAGAGAUAUUUGAGAAGAGCAGUCGGAUUGAGGAGCAGAAUGAGAAGAUCAGCGAGUUAAUUGAGAGAAAUCAGAGGUAUGUUGAGCAAAGUAACUUGCUGAUGGAGCAGAGGAACCAUUCGCUGCAAACAACAAAUGAGAACACACAGGCAAGAGUGUUGCAUGCAGAACAGGAGAAGGCCAAAGUUGCAGAGGAGUUGGCAGGUGCCACAGCACAGGUUUCCCAGCUGCAGCUGGAGCUGACUGCCCACCAGAAGAAGGAGAUGGACCUAAGGAAGCAGCUCUCUGCUGCCUUGCAGGAGGCAGAGCGGCACGAGGCGCAGCUCAACCGGCUGCAGGCGCAGUUAGCAGAGCUCCAGGAAGCCUCUGAGGACACUCAGACUAGGUUCAAAGCUGAGAAGCAGAGCCGCAAGCAGCUGGACAUGAAGAUUGCAGCGCUGGAAGAGGAGCUGACCGACCUAAAAGUGGAAAAGGAGACUCUGGAAAGGAAUCUUGCAGAGAGGAAGAAGAAAUCCCUGUCGGAGCGAGCUCAGGCGGAGGAGGAGAUGGAAGAAACACGCAGAUCUUACCAGCAGGAGCUGGACAAGCUCAGACAGUUGCUGAAAAAGGCACGGACUUCAACUGACCAGGCAGCAGCAGAGCAGCUGUCCCUCCUCCAGGCAGAGCUGGAAUCCCAGUGGGAAGCCAAGUGUGAACGUGCAGUUGCCUCUGCCAAGGAGCAGCACGUUAGACAGUACCAGGAGGUGUGUGAGCAGAGGGAUUCCCUGCAGCAACAAGUGUCCCAGCUGGAAGAGAAGCUUGCAGCUCUGAAACACUCAAAAAAAGCAGAGGAACAGAAAUUGUCUGAGGUUCAGCAACGUUUGGAGCAACUGGAGCCUAUCAAAGAGAAGUGUUCAGCCCUGCAGGCAGAGCUGGGGGUGCUGAGGGCUCACUCUCAAGAGCACAUCAGAGCCCUGCAGAGGGAUCAGGAUGGAUCUUCACCUUCAGACUUCACAGAAGAAGUCAAGAAGAUCAUGAACAGUGUGUUUCAGUCUCUUCGGGGUGAAUUUGAGCUGGAAGAGACCUACAGUGGCAGGACAGUUCUGAGUGUUGUCAUGAACACCAUUAAGACUGUAACACUGCAGCUACUGAACAGGCAGCAGGAGAAACCAGAUCAUGACAGUAAAAAGGAGGAAUCUGGAACAGGAACCGUGAGACAGGAGGGAUCACCUGGAGCAAAGGAAGACCAAGAAGAGCCCAGCUCAGCACAGAGCGUUGCAUUCCCAGUGGAUUCUGGGGAAGUGACCACAGGCUCCGUGGUGUCUGACCAGGAAGACCAGUCUACUCCUCUGUCUGAUGGGCCCAGAACUCCUGAGGAAGAGCAGGAGACACAGAGUAGUGGGUUGUUAGAAGAUGAGAAGGUCAAGAAAGAGCAUCUCUCUUCUGGAGCAGACUCUUGCCUGGAUCGUGAUGAGGGCCCUGUGCUUGCAGGACAUCCUGUUCCUGGGGUGGAUGAGGACCUUGUCCCAGCUGAGCAGGAGAGCAGUCCCAUCAGGAAAGCUGAGACUGAACACAGUCCCUCCAGAGUAUCUUUGCAGGCAGAAGUUGCAGAACCUUCUGUUCUAGAAGCCAAGGCAGGAGAAGCAGAUGUGGCAGUGCUUCCAGGAAAGCCAGCAGUGGAGCAGAAGAUAGAGGAGCCUGUGGGAGCUUUAGAGCCCCCUCCCUUAAACGGUAUGGGGGGGUGCUGCACAGACCCAUCAGAGGGAGCCACCUCCCAGGAGGAGCCUGCUUCAGUAUCCAGCACAGCAGAGCAGAGCUCAGCCAUCAUCAGAGAGACACCAGGGCAGCAGGGACUGGGCUCCAGCCCCAGGGAAAAAGAUUCCAGCCUCUUUGAGGAUGACAACUUCUUUGAAACAGCAUCUCCUAAACCUCUGAAGCCUCGAGUUCCCUCUGAAGAGGAGGAUGAGGAGGAAGUGAGCAUGAAGGGGCGUCCUCCCCCCGCGCCGCUCUUCGGUGACGAUGACGAUGAUGAUCUGGACUGGCUGGGAUGA